AUGGCAUGCUCCGUCCAUGAUGAUGAGAAUGCACGGGAUUGGGAUGUAUUAAUGACAUUACUGUUAUAUUUUGAAUUCCAAAUUCCACUGCCGGGAGGUGCAGUGCUUGAUUGGGGUCGACGCUUCAAGAUUAUUCAGGGUGUAAUACAUAGAGAUUUGAAGGUCAGUAACAUUCUCUUGGAUGAGAACAUGAACCCAAAGCUUUCAGAUUUUGGAUUGGCCAUAUUGUUUAAGGCAUUCAGAGUCUAG